GAAAGUAUUGUUCGAACCAUUGGUAUACCUAUCCGAGCUUGAUGAGAAGGAUGAGAAAGCAUUGGUUUUAUCAGGAGUAGUGGAUCGAUAUGAAAACUCAAAUGCACUACAAUUAUUGUUACCACAGUUAUACGAAUUCUUCACAAUCUUUAUCAUAACAAAGCAAAUUCCGCCGAUUGAUCCAUUUUGA